CCAAGAUGGCAGCGAGGUCGAAAUUCGUAGAGCAUCGCGGAACACUUGUCGUUUGAUAACUCCGAAUCGCGAUAUUCGUACCCGGACUGUCCCGGAGGAUAUUGUACGCCCGAGCGAGUAGAGGCUCGGACUCGUUUGCCGCGGCUAAUAUUCGGCUGAUUCUCGGCUGAUUGUCGUCAAGCCAAGGGGGUUGGGGGGCCUAUGCGGCACACACGUGGCUCGAGAUACAUUCGCGCCUGACCGUAUAAUUUUCCGCGUUAGAUCUCGUAUACGCGCGCGAUUCGCCGCUGUAUACGAUUUGCCGCUUUGAGUUUAACGUAAAUUAACGAUGGAUCCACGCUUGCAUAGAAGAGCCGAGGCGGAAAAGGCGCCGGGCGACUUGAUUGUUGAAUGGUUAAAUGAGGCUUCCAUGAGCCCCACCGAGGAAGUUAAGAUCGCAAACAUAUGUAAAGUGCAGGAACUCUUGUUGAAUAAAGAGCCACACUUGUUGGAGCAUUAUUUAAACGACAUACUACAAUUCUCGGUAGAUAGAAGCGCCGAAGUUAGAAAGACCAUUACAGGUUUCAUCGAGGAAUCCGGAAUAAAAUUUCCGGAGGUGAUCCCUCGUACAGUGCAAGUACUCCUUAGAUUGGCGUCUGACGAAACGUCAGUCGUAGCUAAACGAGCACUCAGAGCCAGCGGCAGAAUUCUCAGAGCUGCUCUCAAAUGGAUCGCUAGUGCUAGUAUCGUUACGACAGACAUGGAGUUAGCGUGGACUCAGCUAAGUGCUCUUAAAGUUCAGAUUAUCAAUAUGAUUGAUAGCGACAACGACGGAAUAAGAACGCAAGCCGUAAAGUUUCUCGAGGGUGUGAUUUUAAUACAGACAUAUCCGGAUCCCGACAGUCCAAAGAAGCCCGAUGAUUUUUCUCUCGAAGAUAUCCCGCUAACGUUGAAAAUAGCUCGUAGACGGAAACUGGAGGAAGAAGCGAAUCACGUUAUGGAUUUAUUGAUCAAGUUUCACGGAUCUCCACACGUCAGCAGCGUCAAUUUAAUGACGUGUAUGGGGUCCUUAGCGUUAAUUGCUAAAAUGAGACCGCAGUUUAUGUCAAAUGUAAUUCAAGCGUUGCAGAGGUUACAGCACGAUCUACCGCCAACGCUGUCUGAUUCUCAAGUAACCAGUGUACAGAAGCAAUUGAAGCUCACACUUCUCGGAUUGAUGAAACAUCCCGCUAGUAUAGAGUAUGCUUCAACCAUAGCUAAACAAUUAACUCAGCUUGGCGCGAAAGAGCAGGAAAUUAUUAAAGCUUAUCCAAAACCAGAAGAUGUCCGUCGGAUAAAGAAGCGUCAACAGGAGAUAGCGGCUGCUACUGCUGCGAAACGAGUAAAAAUUGAAGUGGCUCUAAUUGAUGAGGCAGAAGCGACACCAAUUCCCGUUCCUCCGCCUAAAUUGCCAGACCUAAUUGAACUCUCCGAAAGUUUUAUUGCCGAGAGGCUCAGUGUGGAAAUUGCAACGGAUUUAGUGAUGGACAGUAUGGCAUGGGUUCCGGAUACUAUGACGACAAUUUUUCAAAGAGAAUAUCAGCCCACGGCAACUACCGAUAUUAACAUACAACGUCAAACAAUUUCUAAACUUCUAGCGACACAAAUCAAGCAGGCUAAAGCAAAGAAGAACAAGAAGGACAAGGAGGAGGAUGCCGUGAUGGAAGACUUGAUCAAGAAUCCCACCAUUAGCGUAGCCGAGGCUAAGCGGGAACGUAAGCGUGAAAAAGAUCGGGAGAAAGAGAAGGAAGCAAAAGCGUCGUUAGAGGCUCAUGAGAAAUCUCUCGCAAAAGCCAGAAAUCGUUUGAAGGCGUUAAAAUUGGUCGAAGUGACAAAACCACUUCCGAAGGAGACUAAAGAACGGAUGUUACUGAUGGCAGUCAACAGGAUAUUGCUUUCAGAAAAGACUGCGGUUCUUGGUGGUGUAGCCGCUGUAAGAUCCAAAAUUCUAACUACGCUAGCAGCCACUUUCAAUCCUUACAUUAAGGAAGCUGUCUUACGUUAUAUCACCGACGACAUGCGAAAUCGAUUAGAUUUAGCGCUAGGUUGGUUGUACGAAGAGUACGCACUGCUACAAGGAUUUCAAAGGCGGACUACAUUGUGUACAAAACCACAAGAAGCUCCACAUCAGGCAUACAACUUCUUAUUGUGCACUUUAGUUUCAGCUAUUGAUUUAAUUCAGGGCAAGGAUCGUGAUGCUUUAUUGUCCAGGCUUUAUUUGGAAGCGCCAUUAAUAACGGAAGAUGCUGUAGAGGCUUUAAAAAUGGUGUCGUCUGACGAAACUAGAGGUCUUGCACCGUUGCAGCUUCUGAAAGAAAUGGUAGUGCGUAGACCAACCAAACAACUGGUGUUUUUAAAUGUCUUAUUGUGCCACACCGGACAUGAAAACAAUACGAUACGGGAAGCUGCAAUACAAUUAGUCUGUCAGUUAUACAGCCGGGCAGAAUUAAGUAAACUGAUCGAGGAAUAUGCAGUUCUAUAUUUAGGCUUUUUACGCCUGCAUAACCCACCGGAGAUUGUUUUCGGACAAGACAGAGGCAGACCGCAAAUCGAGAGCCAGUGGACCGAUUCAACUACACGUGCCUGUCUAGGAUUGUAUCUUGCUCUUCUCAGUGAACAUCAAGAUCUCAUUCACGAAUUAGCUAGAGUAUAUACGUCAAUGGGAGCGGAUGUGAAACGUAUCGUAUUGAGACUGGUAGAAGGGCCGGUGAGAUCUUUAGGUAUGGGUAGUCCACAGCUGCUCGCACUCGUCGAAAACUGUCCAAAGGGGUCCGAAACUUUAGUCACAAGGAUCAUACAUAUCCUUACAGAGAAGUCUGCCCCAAGCGCAGAGUUGGUGGCCAGGGUACGCGAGUUAUAUCAGACUAGAGUUUCCGACGUCAGAUUUUUAAUUCCUGUCCUGAAUGGACUCACGAAGAAAGAAGUGAUCGCCGCAUUACCAAAACUGAUAAAAUUAAAUCCUAUCGUCGUAAAGGAGGUAUUCAACAGAUUACUCGGGACACACAAUAACGACAGCGGGGUACCGCAUACAUCGCCUAUUACGCCUGCGGAAUUAUUGAUAGCUCUACAUAAUAUAGAUCCAAGCAAGGCUGAAUUAAAGACCGUCAUUAAAGCCACGUCUCUUUGUUUUGCCGAGAAACAAGCGUACACGCAGGAAACGGUCGCCGUUGUGAUGCAACAUCUUAUGGAGAUGACACCUUUACCGACGUUAUUGAUGCGCACGGUCAUACAAAGUCUGGCCCUUUAUCCCCGACUGAGUGGAUUUGUCAUGAAUAUACUCCAACGGCUGAUUCUGAAGCAAGUGUGGAAGCAGCCCAAGGUGUGGGAAGGCUUCGUCAAGUGCUGCGAACGCACGCAGCCGCAAAGUUUCGCUGUUAUUUUGCAAUUACCACCGGCACAGUUAGCAGAGGCACUCCGAAUGGCGAGCAAUUUACGUGCUCCCUUGCUGGCCCAUGUUGAAGCUUUUGCCGAGAAUCAGAAAGCACACAUUCCGCAAUCAAUAAUGGAUGUCAUACAGGGUAAAGUGCCCUGUGACAUGCACGAUGAGUUUGAUAUUGCACCACCUGGUGAUUAUUCGAAUGAUCAAAAACCAGAUACAAUGGAAAUUGAUCUUUCGGAACCAGCCCCUCCCGGUUUAGAUUAGCAUAAAGUCAUUCCAGUGUUAAGAUCAGAAACGUCGUUGACCGGGUAUUUUAAUAUUAACAAAUUCGCUCUGUAAAUAUACAGUAAAUUAUUCUUUUUUUGCAUCGCUAUAAGCGAUAUUUAGUUACAUAUUUCGAUGAUAAUAGUCCAUAUUUAUAUCUCCAUUUGACGCUAAAUAUUUUAAUCGGCUAAUAUUUAGCGUUAAAUGAGUAAAAAAAAAAGAUAAAAUUAUGAGACGAUUUAAUUCGAAAUAACGCGAUUUAAACAGCAAAAAUAAGGAUAGUUUCUCAGUAUAUAUAUAUAUAUAUUGUUUUUUUAUAAUUAGUUUGCCACUAUAUACUCUGUCAUUAGUUUUAUAAAUUAAUUUUAUUUUCUGAUCUUCAGUAUAAACUAAACAUAUUAUUUCGGUAUUUAAUAUGACAGAAUACACAGAUACUAUCUGACUUCUAUAUUUAAUUAAUAUCUUAGUAACAAUACAAAAUAUUAUUGAUAAUUUUAUAAAAAUGUUGAAAAACAUUUCAAAAAAUUGUGAAUUUGCUAUGAAUUACUCUUAAUUUUGAUUUAGAUUCUAAUUUUUAUUUACAUAUGUAUAUAUAAAGAGUAUCAGAGUAUCAAUUGUGUACGUCAGCUAAAAUACAAUUUAAUUUAUCUGUUUUAAAUCUAUUUCACAAAAUACAUAAAAUUUUAGGAAAGAAAAAACGAUUGGACAUAUCCUCAUAUUAUUUGACAGAAAAUUUUUUUAUUUAUAUUUAAUAUGCAUGCCUUUUUUUAAAUUUUAUAUAAGUGCGCUCUCGAACGAUCAUUUCGAUUUGCAUUUCUUUCUUGCCUGCUCGCUCAUGUAUUAUAAACUAAACAACUUUGUUUUAUAAUACGUAUCUGUUUAAAAAUUACUGCAUUGUGGAUAUCACAACAAUAUAAUGUAAUCAUUAAUUGGAAUAACGGAAUACAUUAUUUUAUAAUUAUAUAUUAUAAUACAUAAUGUAUUAUAAUUAUAUUAUAAUUAAUUUCAUGUAUAGAAAUUAAAUCGCAAAUCAGUCUCAAUAUUGCACAUAUGUAUUGCUGUUGGUGCAUAAAGACUAAAUUACAAAUCAGUUUUUACAAUCAACAUUACAUAUAUGUAUGUGUCAAAUAUACAUUAAAAGUUAAAGUAAUUGUGCUUAAGUUCAAAAAGGACAACGUAUAUGUGUAAACUCGAGUGCACUUACACGUCAUACUAUCAUAUGAAAGUAACAAACAAUUCUUUUCGUGACAAACGUAUAUAAUCUGCAAGUGUAUAAAAAAGUAAUAAAAUAUUUUUGUUACAUAAA